AUGGCCUCUCCCUGGUGGUGGCUUUUUUUUCUUCCUGCGGCUUUUGCCUUUACGCAUCCUGGCCUUCUUGUGACUGACGAGGAUAUCUCCCGAGCCAAGAAACAUAUUGGCGUUGAGGAGGAACCGUGGUUCGGUUCCUGGAACAAGCUGACUAGCCUUACCUUCUCCAACUCGUCCUAUGUUCCCAAUGCUGUGGAGAUAGUCUCACGGAGCAGUAAUGGGGAGCUCCUUUGGCAUGACGCGGCUGCCGCAUUCAAUCUUGCGCUUCGCUGGAAAAUCUCGGGCGAGGAGGAAUAUGCCGAUGCCUCGGCGAAUAUUCUUCAGACAUGGGCGGCCAAGCUCCAAUCCCUCUCUGGCGGCGGGGACGACAACUACCUUACGGCAGGCCUGCAAGGGUAUGAAUUCGCCAACGCUGCGGAAUUGUUGCGAGACUAUGCGCCCUUUGCCAAGGACGGCCUGUCUGAUGUCCAGUCCAUGAUGGAAACUGUCUUUCUACCAAUGAACGUGGACUUUCUCAACCAGGCCUUGCCCUCUCAGCACAAUGUCAAACACUUUUUUGCUAACUGGGAGCUCUGCAAUAUUGCAUCGGCUUUAGCUAUUGGUGUUCUUACGGACAAUGAGACCACCUGGGACUUUGCUGUGGAUUACUUCAAGACUGGAGUGGGGAAUGGUGCUAUUGGGAAUGCCAUUAGCAAUAUCGUGGAGGAGCCAAAUACGGGCAACUUGUUGGGCCAGGGACAAGAAUCAGGUCGCGACCAGGGCCACUCAGCUUUGGACUUUCAACUUCUCGGCGCCAUUGGCCAGCAGGCUUGGAACCAGGGUGAAGAUUUGUUUGCCUAUAACAACAGUCGCAUCCUUCUUGGUGCAGAAUACUUUGCCCGAUACAACCUCGGCGAAGAAGUUCCCUUCGAGCCCUACACCAAUGGCAUUGUCAGCUAUACGGAAAUUAGCUCCGCUUCUCGUGGCGCUAUUCGGCCGACGUGGGAGCUGUUGUAUGCCCACUACGUUCAGAUCAAAGGGCUUGACGCGCCGUGGACAACGGCUUACUUGAAUAACACACUUGAAUACUUCGGUGGUUAUGAAGGAGGAGCUGGGUCUUGGGGAGAGGGCUCUGGCCAUUAUGACGGACUUGGCUGGGGCUCUUUGCUCUAUCAUUUGGGCGAAUCGGAUCUUGCCAGCCCGGCAUCUUCGUCCACGCAUACAGUGGCUUCGCCCAGUUCUUCGGUUGCUACUAUCAAGACCGAGGCAUUGAGCACUGGACAACCUUCAGCGACUGUGACACUCUUGGGCACAUUGAGUGAUAGCACGCCACAAAGCAGCACGGAAUCGGUCAGUACUGUCACCCUUGCGCCGUCGUUCAGUCAAGGACACACCGUGGUUUCGUCAGCCGCCGGCACAGAAACCACCAGUAAGUCAGGUCGCCGGAAGUGUCACAUCUAG